UUGGUCAUUCUGGCUGCUGACUAUCACAGGGAAGGAGGACAACAUUUGACAACAACAUGGAUCAUUGAAAAUAACAGACUUCAGCACAGUCUUGGACAACAGCAAACAUGACAAAUGUGUACUCGUUGGAUGGGGUUGUGGUGUUUGGGAUUCUGUUCAUCUGUACGUGUGCAUACCUCAAGAAGGUGCCUCGUCUCAACAGCUGGCUACUCUCAGAGAAGAAGGGUGUGUGGGGGGUGUUCUAUAAAGCUGCAGUGAUUGGGACCAGACUCCACCAUGCUAUGGCGAUAACCUGUCUGUCGAUGGCAUUGUACCUGGUCUUCUUAAAGUGACAGCGUCAGGCUGGGAUGGACCAGACUGGACUGGGAUAGACUGAACCGGACUGGACCAGGCCAGGCUUGGCUGGGCUUUGCAGAGCUGGAUUGGGCUGUGCUGGGUUGCCACCCAUGGACACUGUUUGGACAAUGUGUGCCCAAGAUGCCCAUUUAUUCAACCAGGACCUGUAAAGGAUAAGGACAAGCCAAUAGUGCCCCCCUUAGGUAAAUAGGAUCCCUGUCACUCAUUGGACUCUUCUAAAUAUGACAUCAUCCAUCCCUGCACGACACAACUGUCAUCCAGUUUACCUUGAGUUUCCUGUACAGAUCUUAUAGAACAGUGUUUCUCAAUCUAUUCUUGAGGUGCACAUUUUUGUUCUAGCUCAACACUAACACAUCUGAUUCUACUGUUCAAUUGCUCAACCAGUCACCAAGCCAUUGAUUAGUUGAAUCAGGUAUGUUAGUGCUGGGCUGAAACAAACCUGUGGACCCCCUGGAAUGGAUUGGGGACCACUGUGAUAGAGGAGAUGUCAGCAUGCUAAGUAGUGUCAGCAUGCUCAUGUGCUGAUGUACUCAGCAUGAUCAUGUGUUGAGUAGUGUCUUUAUUUAAUACUGUUGUUAAUAAUAAACCUAGUGUUGUUAUCACCUAAUUACCACUCUCAAUGGUUUAUUUUGGGGAAAGGACUGGUAUAAAACAAUAGCCUAAAAUAAUGUGGAAAAUAUUAAUUUCUGUGUAAAGUCAGACUUCUGUUGUAUAUAUUUAGGGGGAAAGUCAUUAUAAUAGAUUAGAAAAGGCUGUUUUCUGUAGAGCACUAUAGAGAAGAGAAUCACAUGUAUUGUUGUUAAGUCUAAAUAUCUCUUUGUUUAUUCAUAUGAAUUUUUUAAAGUUAAAAUGGUUGUACAUUGUCAUGAUUAUCGUCACUAUCAUUUUUCAACAACCAGGAAUAACUCUGGGCCAUAGUUAAAAGCUAGAAGGUCACAUGGUCAGGGAAAACUCUUGGUCCUUGCCACAUUUUCGAAGACAAAACGAAUAUAGGAAAAAUGUCUUGGUGUCCAGCUUAAGUUCUUAUUUUCUUUCAACCUCUGUUCAUCCUUUUUUGCUCUGUAUUUUAUGUAUGAUUUCCCUGUUUGGAAAAACCAGUACAAACUUCUGCACCAGUGCUUUGUGACUAAACCGCCGUAUAUUGUGUGACAAUAGCUCUUGUCGUCUCUGGGGAAAACCAAAUAAAAAUAACUCAAAACAA